ACUGUAAAAAAAACGGUAAAAUGUACAGUAGAAAUUUGAAGGAAUUUUCCGUUUUUACAUUUUACAGGUAUUUUUCCCGUAUUUUCAAUUUGGCGCAUUGCAUCAUGGGAACAAGAACCUGCACGAAGCGCAAAAUCUUGUUCUGUAGCCAUUCAAAGCUCUCUCUCCGACACUGAAUGUGUAUCCUGGACCCAGGUUGGACUUAGAAGUUGGAGUAAUCGGUUUUUGGCACCUCUGGGAGUCUGAUGUUCGAAGAAUGAUGGCUGAAACCUAUAGCAUCCAGCGAGCAGCAAUCAACAGAGGAAACUCCAUCAGCAAGUUAUUAGAAGACUGGCCUUUUCUCUUUGAAGCAAUCCACCUGUUUGAUCACACAACCACCCUUCUUGGCUUCCCAGUACAAACCAGACUGGCAGAGGAAUUGUCAAAGAAAGAAAAGACAAUAAAGGACUUCCUUGGGUCCAGAGGGGUGGAUAUUCCAGGAAGUGAUGCUGUCCAGGUGAUUAGUGGAAUCGCAAAAUUCUUCAAGGAGAAACCAGCCCAACUAUUUUGUCAAAAUGAGCUGCUGCAUCCAGAGAGUCCUGAUCUUGACCUGCCAAGCACCCCAUGCAUCUUUAUAAUGGGUGAACAGCUUUUUAAAGUUGCUGUUGACCAAAUGAUUGUGAAUGACCACAUCAAGUCACCCAUCGCUGCCCUAAGCUACGCCUUCUCCAUGUUUUAUGUCUUGAACAUAAAAUAUCCAAAAGACAUGUCCCUGACACUGGAAUUUAUACAAAGAGUCUUUCUGGGCUUAAACCCCAAACGAGGGUCAAAGGCUGAAAUGAAGGGGAAGAAGCAUCAUCACAUUCCACCCCGACUGCUCAAGUUUGUAAAUGAACUGUAUGACUUUGACAGUCCAUGGAAAAUUUGAUUCUUGUAAAAGGUGAUGCUUCAUAAUGUUCUCUGUUAUGUUGACAGCAGUUCAGAAAAUAGUAGUUGGAUGUUGGUCCUUGUUUACACCUGUGAUUUUAAUCUUGUAAUGCAAAUUGCAAGAUUAAAAUUGUAUUUUUUUAAUGUUAGUGUUGGAUUGUGUUAAUUAAAUUAAACUUAACAAAAUUAUUAAAUUGACUUCAAAGUCUGGACUCAAGAAUGAACUUUACAUUGACCUUAACAACUUUAAAAAUAUGUUUGACUGAAUAUAUAAUUGAGAAUGCAAUUUGUAAUUAUAUUGUAAUGAUGUGUUGAUAUGGUAUUGAAAAACCAUGAACUGCAAAAUAAAAUUUGCAAAUGGA